GCAAAGUGGAAGAAAGUGUGGGUUUGGGGGAUGCAGAGGGGGAAGGAGAGUUGCCCGGGGGACCCGCUGCCCCAGGGCGCACGGCGGCUCCGGAGUCAGCGGCUUCCGGGGGCCGCGGGACAGGUGGGCCGGAGGCGAGGGGUUCGCGGUGCAAGAGCAGGGCUGCUCCGGCCGGGCGGAGAGGCGGCCACCGUCGUAGCGAAUUUUCCUACCAAGUCGAGACCUGCGUGUCCGCUGUGCAAGCGCACCCCCAUCCCCAGGCCUCGGUUCCCCCUUAAUGAGGAAGCUGCAAGUGCGACCCUCCGGUUGGGUCUGGGUGCUUCCACUGAGCGAACCAGGAAGAAAGGAGCCUGAGACAGCCACCUAUGAAGACUGAGCAGACAACCCCGAAUGGUCAUUGUGGAUGGUGCAGGCUGCCAGACUUGUUCAGCCGAGCAUCUGAAAUGAACCUCUGCUAUUGAUUGUUUUCCUUGGCCCAGAGCCAGGGGGACUGGAUUCAGUUGACUUCAGGAUAAAAAGAAACAGUCUUGGUUAUCAUCAUAAACUUAUGAACCAGUGUGAUGGUGAAAUGAGAUGAGGCUCCGAAAUGGAACUGUAGCCACUGCUUUAGCAUUUAUCACUUCAUUCCUUACUUUAUCCUGGUAUACUACAUGGCAAAAUGGAAAAGAAAAAGUGAUUGCUUAUCAACGAGAAUUUCUUGCUUUGAAGGAACGUCUUCGAAUAGCAGAACAUAGAAUCUCUCAGCGCUCCUCUGAGCUAAAUGCCAUUGUACAGCAGUUCAGACGUGUAGGAGCAGAAACAAACAGAAGUAAGGAUACGUUAAAUAAAUUUUCAGAUGAUACCCUAAAGCUAUUAAAGGAGUUAACAAGCAAAAAAUCUCUUCAAGUGCCAAGUAUUUAUUACCAUUUGCCUCAUUUAUUACAAAAUGAAGGAAGCCUUCAACCUGCUGUGCAGAUUGGUAAUGGGCGAAAAGGAGUUUCAAUAGUGAUGGGAAUUCCCACAGUGAAAAGAGAAGUUAAAUCUUACCUCAUAGAAACUCUUCAUUCUCUUAUUGAUAAUCUGUAUCCUGAAGAGAAGUUGGACUGUGUUAUCGUAGUCUUCAUAGGCGAGACAGAUAUUGAUUAUGUACAUGGUGUUGUAGCCAACCUAGAGAAAGAAUUUUCUAAAGAAAUCAGUUCUGGCUUGGUGGAAAUAAUAUCGCCCCCUGAAAGCUAUUAUCCUGACCUGACAAACUUAAAGGAGACAUUUGGAGAUUCUAAAGAAAGAGUGAGAUGGAGAACAAAGCAGAACCUAGAUUACUGCUUCCUAAUGAUGUAUGCUCAGGAAAAGGGCACGUAUUACAUCCAGCUUGAAGAUGACAUUAUUGUCAAACAGAAUUACUUUAACACCAUAAAAAAUUUUGCACUUCAACUUUCUUCUGAGGAAUGGAUGAUACUAGAGUUCUCCCAGCUGGGCUUCAUUGGUAAAAUGUUCCAGGCACCAGACCUCACGCUGAUUGUGGAAUUCAUAUUUAUGUUCUAUAAGGAGAAACCCAUUGACUGGCUCUUGGACCAUAUUCUCUGGGUGAAAGUCUGCAACCCUGAGAAAGAUGCAAAACAUUGUGACAGACAGAAAGCAAAUCUGAGAAUUCGCUUCAGACCUUCCCUUUUCCAGCAUGUUGGUCUGCAUUCUUCACUAACAGGAAAAAUUCAGAAACUCACGGAUAAAGAUUACAUGAAGCCUUUGCUUCUUAAAAUCCAUGUAAACCCACCUGCAGAAGUAUCGACUUCCUUGAAGGUCUACCAAGGACAUACACUGGAGAAAACUUACAUGGGGGAGGAUUUCUUCUGGGCUAUAACCCCGGUAGCUGGAGACUACAUCCUGUUUAAAUUUGACAAGCCAGUCAAUGUGGAAAGUUAUUUGUUCCAUAGUGGCAACCAGGAACAUCCAGGAGAUAUUCUGCUCAACACAACUGUAGAAGUUUUGCCUUUUAAGAGUGAAGGUUUGGAAAUAAGCAAAGAAACCAAAGACAAACGAUUAGAAGAUGGUUAUUUCAGAAUAGGGAAAUUUGAGAAUGGUGUUGCAGAAGGAAUGGUAGAUCCCAACCUAAAUCCCAUUUCAGCCUUCCGACUUUCAGUUAUUCAGAAUUCUGCUGUUUGGGCCAUUCUUAAUGAGAUUCAUAUUAAAAAAGUCACAAACUGACCAUCUCCUAAGAAACCAACACAUUUUUUUCCUGUGAAUUUGUUAAAGACAGCUGAGCAUGUCCUUUUUUUUUAAACUUGAAUUCUACCUCUUGUGAAAUCUACUGUAGAUAAGAUGAUUGUCAUUUCCACUCGGAAAGUGAAUCUCCCUUGGAUAAUUGUAUUCAUUCGAACCUAAGCUGUCCUCCAAUUUUAACUUGGCUCAAACAUUGUACAGUUAUGACAGCCUGUUAAUAUGACUUGUACUAUUUUGGUAUUAUACUAAUACAUAAGAGUUGUACAUAUUGUUACAUUCCUUAAAUUUGAGAAAAAUUAAUGUUAAAUACAUUUUAUGAAGGGGGUACUUUUGAAGUUCAUUUAUUUUACUAUUAUAGACCCUCUUUUAUAGAUGAUCAGGGAUUAUACAUGUAUAUAUAAAUAUUAUAAAUAUACAUAAAAUGUUAUGGAGUUAACUUAUUAGAAACAUUUAAGAAGUACAUAUUUUUGUGCAGUAAAUUUUUGAACCAAUACUUUUUUUGAAAACCAGUUACCUUGCUUUUUUAAGUUCUUUCUAUAUUUUUCUUUGAAAAUGCAAACAUUACAAAUCAAUGCCAUUUCUCAAAUGCACUGCCAUUUAAGAGUGAUUCUAGAUUGAUUUACUAACUGAAGUACUUUUAUAAUCAAUGAUUCUGAACAAACUGUUUUCAAAGGCAUUUGUCAUUCCUUAAAGCCAAGAUUUUAAAGACCAAUGUCCUUCUUGAGGUUUAUUUUACUAUACUGUGUACGGUGUACAGCCACCAAAAAAUCAGUCUGAUAAAUUUUAACGUGCAGGGUGAUGCAUUCAACCCAAAUUAUCAUAGACUGAAGUCAUUACAUUUCCAUUGAUAUAUAGAAUGACAGACUCUUCUUUCUGUUUUAAUCAUUGUCUUUAAUCCAUGAAUUAGAUAUAUUUUUCUCUUUUGUUGCUACUUUUAUAUCUGCGCUCAUUCUACGAGUUCUGACGAAAUGUUUUCUAAGAAAUGCUAUUGUAUGAGUCGUCAUUGGUUUAAUUUUAAAGAGACACAAAAUUGUAAUAUUGGUUUUUGGUGAAAGGUGUUAUAAUAGUUACAUGUUUUUGCAAAGUAAUUUAUUCUAUUGCAUUAUGAACUUAUAAGUAAAUUCACAUCUGAAGAGUGCUUAUUACUCUUAAACGUGCAAUUCCAAAUGAUAUCACUACUAUAAUCAGCCUUAGCAAAUUUUUUUUCUUUUCAAAAGUAUUUUACUUUUACAAAAUUACGAAUUACCAACAUCAGUUCCCAGCCAGUCUGGUGUCCGCAGGUGGGUUGCAGGUGGGUUACAGGUGUGCAAAGAUUGAAUCCCUAGAGCUUUCAGAGGAGCCAGUGGUCGAGGCCUUGGGCAGCUGGAGGUUCCUGCUGGUUGCCUGUAGCCUGGGGGUUGUCACCUGGUUACCCAGUAGGCUGAACAGAUAGCUUCCAAACAGCCUUGUUUUCUUUGCAGUGCUAUGCAGCGGAAAAGGUUGGGAAACACUGAUGAAGUACAAGUAUUUCCAUCACUCCUUAUUUGAAUAGUUCUUAGUUACUUUUCUUGAUUAAAAAGUUACAUAUUGCCAAUAAUGAUUUUUAUGGCAAAGUCCGGCUAAAAUUUUUAUUGGGAUUUUGAAAUUUACUUUUUAAACAUUUUUUAAUUUACAUCUUAUUUUCUUCUCAAAUCUCCUUGGCCCAGUGACUAACAAGCAGAUUUCACUUGAAAAGCAUAACCUUUCAUUAUAAAAUUUUCGGCACCAGCUUACCGUAAUAGAUUACUGCUCUAACAGUUACAUAUCAGGAGGUAAAAAUCUGGAGGUGGGUUUAGAAAUCCCCUUGUUUCCCUGCUCCCCCAGGUGGCCAGGUCUGAUCUGAGGAAGAAAGGCCAUGUGCAGAGACUCUAGGGAGGGGACACUUGCGGUGACUUUACUCAUUAGGUUACAUCAGUACGACUCCCUGCCACUGGUCUGGGCAUCACGGUCUUUGGACUGAGCUAGAUCUUGCCAGCUUUUUCCUGUUUGCAUGCUCAGUCUCCCCUUCCAGGCUGAGCUCAUCCCUCCUGUUCCUGAGAAUACGUUCAGCCAGAUCUUAUCCAUCUUUCAAGGACUCUCCUGCGGCCUCCUUCCUCCCUGGGAAUCUGUUCCCAGUGCCUAGACGAGCCUAGACUAGUGCCUGACCUGUGGCAGGUGCCCAGGCAGCGUCGGGCUGAGGGGCUACCUGUUCCAACCAUACUCCUCUUUCUUUUUCUUAACCCUCUUUACCUCCUGUCCUUGCCACACACUCAGCUGUCUAGUUUUUGAUCCCGGGGAGUGUGUGUGCACAGACGUGUGCUCACUCUGGCCAAACGUCGAGCUCCUGCGGGCAGGCCUGUGCCUCCUCCUCCCUGUCUGUCCUCUGCUGCACAGGUGCUCCCGGGGCCUUGUGUUAGUUGUGCUCGCCUUCCCCCCAGUUUUCACGAGGCAAGUGGAAGUGGCCACGCUUUCCUCAAGCAAGCAGUUAUAGUGGCUGCCCUGGAGAGUCAUGCUGGGACAGGAGAUGAGGGGGCCUGGAAAUGAAAGUAAAUACUUGACCUUGAGUGGACGCUGAACCACUUUUACCCAAAGAGUGAGUGGGAAGAAGUGUCAUGUGGUGGGACUAAUUUUAUCUUUAUAUAUACAUGGCAUGAUGUCUCUGGAGCUGCCCUGUCCUACACAGUAGCCACUAGACACAUGGUGGCCACUUCAAUGUCAGUUAAUAAAAUAAAACACUCAGCUCCUCAGUCACACCAGCUCCACGUGGCUAGUGCCCACUGGACUGGACAGCACAGAUACAGGACGUCUCCAUCAUCACAGAAGAUUCUGUUGGACCACACUGUGUCAAGAGUGUUAAUGUGAACAUUUGAGAAACCAGAAUAAUGAAUUCUGAUUAUGAAGUUAAAAGCAGACAUGCAGAAUAUAUCAUAAUGCAGAUGAUGGUGAGUAUUUUGGGUGAGAAGAGAAGAUUGUGGACCUGUUUCUAGGAUUGUUAAGAUCCAGUUUCUAAGUUCUUUGGUAUAAGUCUCACGCAUUCUUCACGGCAUCCCCCGUCCCCUGCGAGGUAGUCAGAAAAGAGCAACCGCUUGAGGUUGGGGUUCCAAAGCUGGUGUGAUUGACAAACUUUGGAAAAGGGGAAUGCAAAUAGAUUACAUAGCAUGCGGGCUCUGGACAUGGAUGUGUAUGCUGAUUCAACCAUCGGAGAUGUCUUUGAGCAAAGGCAUAGCUUUUCAAAUCAGUCAUUGCAUCGGCAAAUAAUUAGAAGGUGUUAUUUUAAAAACAUGAGCAACACUCUGAAGGCUUUUUUAAAAUCUGUCAUAAUAAUGAAAAAAGUUGUCUCCCAACAAUGCUGUCCUCAAAAACAAGUGUAGGUGUAUGGAGACGGCACGUUUGGAGAGACCGCUCUAAUUGAUAGCACUGUAUAUUUGUAGCAGCCAGAAUUCUACCAGUGACCCCCCUUCCCCCUUGGUGAGUUGAACCUGUGACAGUGUGACCCAUAAUAAUGUUAUGUUACUUAGCAAAUGGGAGAUUAUCUGGGGACAGCUAAUCUAAUCAUGGGAACCCUUUAAAAGCAGCGAGUUUUCUCAGGCUGUUAACAGAAGUCAGAGAUUCAAAGCAGAAGGACUUAAGGCACCAUUGCUAGUUUAAGAUGGGGGGCAUCUCCAGAAGAAAUGCAGAUGGUCUUAAGGAGCUGUGAGGUCCCAGCUGACAGCCAAGCGAAUGGAAACUGCAGUCCUGCAGCCACAGGAACUGAGUUCAGCCAACAACCUGAAAGACUUUGCAGACUCUCCUCCAGCCGCGAAAAGCCCCGCCCCACCGGCACGUUGGUUCCAGCCUUGCUAGACUUCAGGGAGCUCAGUCCCGCCUGCCUGGACUUCUGGCCUACAGAGCUGAGAGAUAAUAAAUGGGUGUUGUUUUAAGCUUUUAAAUUUGCAGUGAUUUUAUGCAGCAAUAGAAAAUGACAAUAUUUCAAAGAGCUGAGGAGGGAAAGUCUUCCUGCUUGGUUCCCUCUGGUAUGCAGGGUAUUUCUUGAUAAACACACGAAUGAAGUCUUACACUAGCAGAUCAUACACCUCAUCUGGGAUUCUCUGCCAGAGACCUGAAUUAAUCCUCAGUGGAAGGUUGUUGGCAAAAACUUGCAGCAUCUUGGUAGCUUUUCAUAAAGAAGCUGCUAGCAUGAGAUUGCAGGAGUAGCAUCCAGCAUGUCAGGAGUCUUUCUUCCUGGAAUUGGUGUCACUUUAUGCUGAUUUAGGCUGAUCUGAGCCUAUCAGUGUAUUAUUUAAGAAUAAACAAUGGUACUUUGAAUAUUAAAUUAAAUUUGUCUUUAUGUAGAGAUCAGAUAAUCUACUCUGUAUUGAAGAACUUCAUUUUUUUUAAAAACCAAAGUUAUUUAUUCUACUGUCUAAGCACAGAUCAAAUCCUAUACAUGCUAGCCAAAUACUUCUCUGCUUCCAAAAUACAUUCCAAAAUACUCUGCUUCCAAGCCGUUAAUUGCUAAUGAAGUUUUAUUUUGCUUUGUCCAUUAAUUUUUGAGUUUCUUUUUACUGUAUUGCCAUAGGCUUGAGGUAAGAAAAGUUGAGCUAGAAGAAAAUGAGAGACUAAGAUUUGCAAAAGGUUGGAAAUUUGAGUCAUAAUAUCUGAGCGUUCUAAAGGAGCUUAGACAUCUGAUCUCUUUCCGUUAAAGAAAAGGCAACUUCUCUAAGCUAUGCAGCAGUGUUUAUAGUGUGCUGCAUUUAGUUUGAUAGUUGUAAAAUUUUAGUAAUUAAUCUUAACAGAUACAUGCCAUGAUAACUCACAUGCUUACUUUAUUUUUUUUAAUGCAUGUGAACGUACAGUGCUGAAAAGACCACCUCCACAGUAUUACUAAAAAGAAACAAAGGAUUUGUUAUAUACACACAUACAUACACACCGAUACCAUCAAUACCUAUACAGAAACUCGUCUUACCUGAAACACGCACUCCUCCUGUUUGGGCGCUAGCUAGGGCAUUUCCAAAGGGACAAACCAGGAAGAGCUGGUGCUCUAGAGUGCGUGGAAGUGGAGGAUUUAGUUGCUAUUCAAAAAAGUAAACUGGUGAAUGGGGAACACUUGGUGCGGAAAAACAUUAGGAACCGUGGUGCUAAAAUUGUUCUGAAAUAAGGACUGUCUGUUGUGGGGAACAUUCAAUACUCUUGGGCACCAGGGAGGCUGUUUAAGGGGUCACUUGGCCCCCAGGGGUUCAUGUAUUGGUAAUUAGCCGACCGCCCUGGAAUCAAAGGUUUGGAACUUUAGUUCGAUCAGCAUUCCAUUAUUUGAAAUGCUCUCAGUGUUUGCUGGAAUUGGGUGGAAAUACCUUUGGACGUAUUCUCUGAGCCUUAAAAAUGGCCGUGUCGACAGCACCGUAAGACGCACUGCCAGCCAACUUGAUACCUUCCAUUUCAGUGUGGACAGUCAUGUUUUCCAAGAAAGGUUCAGAAAUCAGCUGAUUGAACGUUAACAACUGUUUCAUUUAUGGAGUGAAAUACUGAAGCGUUUCUCCUUGAGAACACUUUGGAAAGGUGGCUUUUGCCACUGGGGACGUUUCUGGAAGCGGCUCAUGGAGACGCUGCCGGACGAGCUGCUCUGCCAGUCUGUGCCAGGUGUCUUCUUCCCCUUAAAUGUACUGUCUGUACUUUCCUCACAGCGUCUUCAUUGGCUGAAUGGGUAAUGCCUGUAGUAAUACUUUAGGUACCGGUUGGAUUUUUAAAGGCAGAUUAUUUAUUUUCAAAUUUGCUGCUAUAAUUGAAAACCUGAUAACUGGUCCCGCUGACUGUGCCUUUCAUCACCGUUUCUCUGUGCCACGACGGUCCGUGUGUAUUUGAAGUAAAGACGUUUAAAAAGCCAUGUUGAGUUCAAGACUCCUUCUAAUAAAGAUGGGUGAGAAUUGCA